AUGGAAAUUUAUAAGAUAACUAAUCCCGAACAAUGGUCAUACUUUGCUAAGGGUCAAGCUAAUAUAUUAUUUAAAUAUAAUGGGAAUCAUGAAUAUCUUAAACAUAAAUUAUUAAGAGUUAGACUCUUUAAAGAGGAUAAACAAUAUAUAACAACUUGUGAACUUUAUGAUUUUAUUGAAUUAAAGUGUAAAAAUUUAUUCCCUCAACAAAUUAUUGAUGUUCAAUUAGUUGUUUUAACAACUGAUUUUGUAAAUCAAUUAGAUUCAAAAGGUGAUAAAUUACAAAUUGGUGAAAGGUAUGGAUUAUUAAUUCCUAAUAUUCUUCAUGGUAAUUAUGAUAAAUCAAUUUUAUCUAAAAAUUGUAAUUUAUAUUAUGAUUAUAAACCUCAAUCAAAUGAUAAAAUUGAUUCAGUAAUAUUUGAAUUAAAACCUAAAUGGUUAUAUGAUAAUACUUCAUCUAAUUAUUGUCGGACAUGUCUGUUAAAUCAAUUAAAAGGUUUUAAAAGACAUUAUUGUCCUUUGGAUUUUCUUUAUGAAGAAACAAUAGAUCAAGGUUUAAAUGAUUUAUUUGAUCCAAUACCACAAGAUAUUAUUCAAAAGAUUGAAGUAUCAAAUAAAAUUCCAUUAAAACAAUUAUUUCGAAUGUUUCUUAAUAAUCCUGAAAAUGUGUUUUUAAAAUUAAAACAAUAUCAAAAGAUUAAUAAUAAGAAUGAUUUAAUUAAAAAUCUUUCUUCACCUAAUGAUGUUCUGCAAAAUUUAUCAUUAGUAAUGACACUUCGAGAUGUUGGUCUAUUUAUUAAAUUUGAGAAAUAUGAUAAAUCAAGUAAUAUUCAUAAUUCUCAUGAUAACGUAUCCAAUAUUGUCCUGGUUGAUAAUUUGGGUAAAUUCGUUAUAACUUGUAACAUUUAUGAUUUAGAUUUAAAAUCAAAUACCAAAUAUAAACAUUGGUUAGAGAUUGAAGAACAAUUACAACCAAUUUAUAAUUCAACUAAUCCAAAUUGGAAACAUUGUACUGGAGUAACAUCUGAUGGUACAGUUAUUAAACAUUAA